AUGCACGACACUUCCCUUGCUGCCGAUCGACCAGGAGCUCAAAAGUCCGCCGUCACCCUAGUCGAGAACGUUGGCGACCCCGGUUCGAUCAUGGCCAUCUCAGACAGAGUGACGCGUCUGGAGAACUUGAAGAUUGAGGAUGUGGAGGAAGCGGUAGAAGAAGAAGAGGAGGAGGAGGAGGAGAACCAGCCGCUGCAUAUGCCACAACCGCGACCGCGACCAACCACCUCGAGGAGCUCAACGGAUCCCACCGGAACCGGCAUUCUGCUUCAGCCCAGCCAGCCUUCGUCACGUCCACGUAACCGCUCUCCGUACUCCAGAAGCCAUUUAAGAUCUUCAUCAAGCUCGAACUCUCUAACAGCGCCCGCAAUGACCCGCUCACACUCACUACCAAGUGUCAUAAGUCCAACAACACACCUCUCGUCGUCACCCUCUGCUCGAGCAUCUAGCCCUCUGCGCUCACCAGCGCGCGUACCAAGUCCCUUCUCGCUCGCACCGGAAGACACCUACCCGCAGCCUACCGCGUCUCGCAUUGGCGAGAUCGAAAGCAUAUCGGAAGACUCAGAACUCAACCUGACGCCAAGAGCUGGAUCAGAUCGGAUGUUUCAGCAGCAAUCCUUGCUCCCCUUCGCUCACGGUUACACCUUCCCUCGCUCACGGCGCCGACCCACGUCGCCGCUCCAUCACGUCUCGAAAGUGCCCUUUGGUGGUUCUAGCAGCACGCCAACAUCCUCUUCAUCCUCACCCGUUCUGUCCGCCACCAAGUUCAACGAGUCCUAUCCCCCAGGCUUACACCUCUCCUCAUCUUUCUCCUCGUCAUCCAUGCCGUCCACACCGACGUCAGCUCGUUCGCGCAGCCCCUCCAUAUCAUCGCUUGAAACCAUCCCAGACUCUCCAGACGCAGAAGAAGCCGCACUGGAGGCAGACAAGCUGGCGAAACUCGAUGCCGCUGCUAAAGCUGCCGAGGGAGGAGGGGAAGUACGAAGGAGCAGUCUCGAUGUGCCGGGCGAGCGGCGUCCCGGUUUUGGAUUCGGCGGGAGGGACAAGCGAAAGAGAUGGAGUGUCUGCGGUGCAGAGAGGAGAGGGGAUCUCGACUUGGAGACAAUUUGGGAAGAUUGA